AUAUAUACCCAUCCAAAAGGGCGAGGUAUCCGUAGAAGCAGGAGUUCCGAAGUACUCCUUGACACAUUCAGCUCAUUCCUUUACAUCAUCCUGCCCUUUUCAUCACCAUGGUCUCCUUCACUGCCCUUUUCGCGAUCAUCUCGUCUCUGACCGCCUUGGCGACCGCCGCUCCUCUUGGUAAGCUCUGUUCUGCACAUGCCUACUCCAUCUCACUCACUGAGAAAGCUAAAGCCACCUGAACCUGUAUGUGAAUAUUCAGGAGCUGAGACUGAAAUCGAAGAACGCCAGUUCAGCUGGCCUGGUUUCGGCGGUCUCGGCGGUGGCAGUGGCGGCUGUAACCGUUACGAAGUGAUAUCUGCUCGUGGGACUGGCGAGCUUCAAGCUUUCCCUACCGGAAACCGAGGCACUGUGGAUGGGAUUCUCAAUGCAGUCUCUGGUGGAAGCAACUACGAGGUCAUGUAUCCUGCCAUCGCCGAUUUCCUCAACGGACCCAGGCAAGGAGCCAGGGACCUCCUGAGCCACGUCCAGAGUACCCUUUCGAGCUGUCCCGAUACCAAGUUCGUCCUGGUCGGAUACUCUCAAGGAGCCAUGGUCGUGGUGAAUGCGGAGAACGACAACUCGCUCCCGGUCGAUUCGGUCGUCGCGACCAUCUUGUACGGAAACCCCUACUGGCGAGCUGGACAGCCCGAGAAUGCUGGUACCGCCACCAUCGGCUCGGGUAGCGCCGCCCUCACCGGUAUCAGGACUCCUGAAGCUUACCGAGCCAAGACUCACGAUGUCUGCAACCGUGGAGACAACGUCUGCACCUCUAUCGGAUCCCUCGUCGCCCACCUCGGCUACAGCACAUCUCCUCAGCAGGCCGAGUCGAUCAACUUUGCCGUCUCUCAGCUUCGAGCUGCCGGAAUCCAGUAG